AUGGAGGAGGUCCAGGUUCGCGACCAAGCUAGUGCACCAGCAGUGGCUUUCCCUGCGCGUUGGAGGAGACCUGGUCCAGGUAUUAUAAAAUGCAAUUUUGAUGCAUUUUUCCUUGUUGAUGGUCCAGCUGGGAUGGGCAUGGUGGCGAGGAAUAGCGAGGGAGAAGUUAUGGCAGCAGCUUGCUCCUAUCCUCUCUCUAUUAUUUCUCCCUUGCUGGCGGAGGCCGUGAGCAUGAGGUGGUCUAUGCAAUUGACUAUUGAUUUAGGAUUUCGCCGGAUCUUACUGGAAACUGAUUGUCUACAACUUUUCAAGGCUUGGAAAGCGAAGGAGGCCGGCAGAUCAUAUCUUAGUUCUAUUAUUUCAGAUUGUCGUUUUUUAGUUUCUGCUUUUGAUUAUGUUAAUCUUAGUUUUGUUAGACGCACGGGUAACACCGUUGCAGACUUUUUGGCUAGGAACGCUGCAACCUAUGCUGGUUUUGUAUGGGUUGAAGAGGUUCCUGAUGCCGCUCUUCCUUUCAUUAUUUCUGAUGUAACUCUUCUGGAGCCAAUUGGCAUUUAA